AUGUUGGUGGGGCUAUCCUGUUGGCUCAAUGUCUAUUGCAAAAUUCUUAUUGCAUUCCACAGGUCCUCCAGUAAACGUUACUUGCAAUAUUUUUAUCAACAGUUUUGGAUCAGUCACAGAGACCACAAUGGGCCUCCUGUAAAUGUUACCUGCAACAUAUUUAUCAACAGCUUUGGUUCAAUAGCAGAAACUACAAUGGACUACAGAGUGAACAUCUUUUUGAGGCAACAGUGGAAUGACUCUCGGCUGGCUUAUAGUGAAUACCCAGAUGACUCCCUGGAUUUAGAUCCAUCUAUGCUGGACUCCAUUUGGAAACCAGACUUAUUCUUUGCCAAUGAGAAGGGUGCCAAUUUUCACGAUGUCACCACAGACAACAAACUACUUCGGAUUUCAAAAAAUGGCAAAGUGUUAUACAGCAUCAGGUUAACUCUAACCUUGUCUUGUCCAAUGGACUUGAAGAACUUCCCCAUGGAUGUCCAGACUUGUACAAUGCAAUUGGAGAGCUUUGGCUACACUAUGAAUGACCUGAUAUUUGAGUGGCUAAGUGACGGCCCAGUGCAAGUGGCUGAGGGUUUAACCUUACCUCAGUUUAUUUUGAAAGAAGAGAAGGAACUUGGAUACUGUACAAAGCAUUACAACACUGGAAAGUUUACUUGCAUCGAAGUCAAAUUUCAUCUGGAGCGGCAGAUGGGAUAUUAUUUGAUCCAGAUGUAUAUUCCUAGCCUGUUGAUCGUCAUUUUGUCCUGGGUUUCAUUUUGGAUUAACAUGGAUGCAGCACCAGCCAGAGUGGCUUUGGGCAUCACCACAGUUUUGACAAUGACAACUCAAAGUUCUGGUUCCAGAGCUUCAUUGCCAAAGGUAUCCUAUGUAAAAGCUAUAGACAUCUGGAUGGCAGUAUGUCUCCUGUUUGUGUUUGCUGCCUUAUUGGAAUAUGCAGCUGUUAACUUUGUUUCAAGACAACACAAGGAGUUCCUGAGGCUCAGGAGAAGACAAAAGAGACAAAACAAGGAAGAAGAAGUUGCUCGUGAGAGUCGUUUUAAUUUCAGUGGCUAUGGGAUGGGUCAUUGCCUCCAAGUUAAAGAUGGAACAGCGGUCAAAGCCCCACCACCAAACCCACCUCCUGCACCCCCAAAGGAUUCAGACUCCAUCAAAAAGAAGUUUGUGGACCGGGCUAAAAGGAUUGAUACAAUAUCUCGAGCUGCCUUCCCCCUGGCCUUCCUCAUAUUCAACAUCUUUUACUGGAUCACAUACAAAAUCAUUCGGCAUGAGGAUGUCCAUAAGAAAUAG